AUGGGAAAGGCGUUGCUGCAGGCGCACGACGUGGUCGCGCGCGAGGUGUACGGCGAGGAGUCCCUGCGCGCCUCUCCGCCGCCAGUCAACGGGCGCACCACCGCCCAGCCCGCCGAAGAGGACGAGGACACCGAGCCGGAGUUCGAGAACGUGACCAGGGUGCGCCUCGUGCAGUUCCAGAAGAACACCGACGAGCCAAUGGGCAUAACGCUGAAACUGGCAGACGAUGGGCGUUGCAUAGUGGCCCGCAUCAUGCACGGUGGCAUGAUACACCGCCAGGCGACGCUGCACGUCGGCGACGAGAUCAGGGAGAUCAACGGCACUCCUGUCGCCAAUCAGUCCGUCGCACAGCUGCAGCGAAUGCUUCGCGAAGCUCGCGGUUCGGUCACGUUCAAGAUCGUGCCUUCGUACCGCUCUGCACCGCCGCCCUGCGAGAUAUUCGUGAGAGCGCAAUUUGAUUACGAUCCCCUAGAAGACGAUUUGAUCCCAUGCGCUCAAGCCGGCAUAGCCUUCAAUACAGGGGACAUACUCCAGAUAAUCAGCAAGGACGACUCGCACUGGUGGCAGGCGCGUAAGGACGCGGCUGGCGGCUCUGCGGGGCUGGUGCCGAGCCCCGAGCUGCAGGAGUGGCGCGCCGCGUGCGCCGCCGCCGAACGCUCAAACGCCGACCAAGUCAACUGCUCCAUAUUCGGACGCAAAAAGAAACAAUCGAAGGACAAAUACCUGGCGAAGCAUAACGCCGUCUUCGACCAGCUCGAUGUGGUAACCUACGAGGAGGUUGUAAAACUACCAUCUUUCCAAAGGAAGACGAUAGUUCUGCUCGGUGCCCACGGCGUGGGCAGGCGUCACAUCAAGAACACUCUGAUCUCGCGACACCCAGACCAGUACGCGUACCCAAUACCGCAUACAACUCGCCCCCCACGCCCCGACGAGGAGAACGGGCGCCAUUACUACUUCGUGACGCACGAGGAGAUGAUGGCCGACAUCGCUGCCAACGAGUAUUUGGAAUACGGCACCCACGAGGACGCAAUGUACGGAACCAAACUGGAUACGAUCCGGCGCAUCCACGCCGAGAGGCGCGUCGCCAUAUUGGACGUGGAGCCGCAAGCGCUUAAAGUGCUGCGCUCGGCCGAGUUCGCGCCCUACGUGGUGUUCGUGGCCGCGCCGCCGCUGAACAACGUGGCGGACUACGACGGCUCGCUGGAGGUGCUCGUGCGCGAGUCGGAGCAGCUGCGCCGCACUUACGGCCACCACUUCGACCUCUGCAUCGUGAACAACGACAUAGACGACACGCUCGCCCAGCUCGAGGCGGCGCUCGCCCGCCUGCGCACCUCGCCCCAAUGGGUGCCCGUCGCAUGGGUCUAC